CCCCAGCGUCAGUUUCAUCCAUUUCUUUGUGGCACGAAGUGACUCGAAGUAAAGGCACUAAUCAAGUAUGAAUUUACUCCUCACGAGACGGCCGGGUUGGCGCAAAAAAAACAAUGGUACGGGGUAUUGACCCUUUUUUGCCCCUGGUUAAAUUAAACGCAAGAUCAACUUCGAACUUGGACCAGCAUACUCUCUCUGGUGAAUUUAAAGCCCAACGUAAUACCAAAACCAGAUUAACGUACAUUUCUCAUUAUGUCCUUCGAAUUGUUUUCUAGUCUUGAAUUGUCUACUGUAGUUCGGAUUCCAAAGAUUAUGGAGUUUUCACAAGAAGUGAUGGCUGCCCAAUAAAAUGCUUAACAAACGCAUAUUUUUGUUAUGUAAAAACGUCCUGUUAUUCAGAGCACCAACAUGGAAACGCUGCAUAAUCUUGAUCGGCCCUAUUGUUCUAAUCUUAACCCUUUGUUGUUGGAAGCAAAGUCUUUCUGACAACGAGACUCUGACCUGAGCUACAGUACUCGUCGAGCCUUUCCUCGUAAAGAGCGACUCCCGCAGUAGGAGACACCUCCGUUAUACGGUCACUUAACUCAGGUCCUGUGGUGUCUGCACUAAAGAGAAACCCAUAGAAUCGAAGUGUAGUAUAGUUUUAAGAAUACUAUGUGGAAGAAGCUACAUGUACAGAGGGAGAAACUGUAGUUGCUAGAGUCGCUGAUAAAAGCUAGCGUAGCCUCUGGCUACGUCUCUAGCUACUUUCACGCUUCUUUCGUCUUCUUAAAACCUGCCGUGGGAAAAUAGUGAUUCUUCUGUUUGGGUCUCUUCGCAACCCCAAGGAGGACACCGCCCAAAAUGUCAGAUUGUCUUAACAGUUAAAGAUAACUCAUUUAUACUCGUGAGUCGAGAGAGGUACUCGGAAAAUACAGGCACAAGACGUAACAAAGCUGUAAUUAUUAGAUUCACUGACAAGAAGGUAGAGUAGCCCUCGGCUGCGCCUCGAGCCACACUCACGCUUCUCUCGUCCUCUUUCAACUUCCCGCGGGAAAAUAGAGACACCUCUAGUUAGGGUUCCUCUCCAUUCCAUGGAAGACACCGCCCUAAAUUUCAGGUUGUCCAAACAGUUAAAGAGUACUCAUUAUACUCAUUGGUUGAGAGAGUUACUGGGAAAAUACAUGCAUAGACAUAACAAAGCUACGAAAAAAAAGGAAGGAGUCCGAAAAAAGAAGAAAUUACAAAUUAGAAAAAUGAAUGCCAGUCAAGCAAAAAGAACGGGACCAAGAGUUCCAAAUCUGCCAUUAGUUUGGCCUGAACCUCUCCUGUACUCUCUAUGAUUCUUGGCGAUUCUCUUAUUCCUAUCGAGUUUUAAUCUGCUAAAGUUUUUCUGUGGAGACUCCGAGAGUGGUCUCGUUUAGCUCCAUCUCUCUGAGAGUUGGAAAAAAACCUCUAGCGCUUCUCCUUCAUUCCACUCUCAGCUAGUUCUCCUUUUAGCAGGCUUAAAUCUUGAUUAAGGGUUUUAGCCUCUUUAGAUAGUUUUGCAGAGUUAAGUGUCGGGGAGAUUUGGUACCGUACAGAAAGCUAUCCAGAGGUCUUCAUCCUUCAUGACCGUGACAGUGCAUGAUAUGGUUUGGCUCAAACCAAAGCAAACCACUCGUCAACGCACGUGCUUUCAAGAUGGAAGUUCGCACACGGUCACGGAUGGUUUGCGUGAUUAGGUCCGUCAAAUAAGCGAUUCUUGGCAAAUGACUAAUUCAUUCACCGGCUGUCACAAAGGUGAUGGCCCCCAGUUAUUAACCCUCACAAAACAAUCACUCGCGAUUGGAAUCUGUUUACUUGUAACCUUUGACCGUUCAAUUAAAAACCUUUGUCUUGAAGUGAAUUCGGUGGGCUGAUGCUCCGAGCAUAAACAACCCGUUGCAAGCUCCGGCGAACAAUACAACCCAAGUUAGGUCAGAUUAGCUGAUGACUCCAAAUAAUAAAUUAUUCACUGAUUCCUUGAGCGGCAGACGUCGAGUAAGGACAAAGUGGUUUUCUGGGCAGUUUUGCUUGGUAAAAUGCAUAGUUUUCCCCCGAAAUUCAACAUGAGGUGAACCAAGGAUACGGAAGAGGAUGGGCUAUCGGUAAAGGCAGCUUUUCCCUGCAAAAUCUUCCGCCAUGGUAUCAUGAGGAAGCAAUAUAGUUGGCAUGCAAUCUCCGCCAUUUGUGUUCUAGUAAUAUUGGUUUCACUGAUCUCUUCAGGAAAGGCUUCAUCGAAUAGCACCCAGAGUACUUCUGGACCCAUCGAAUCCUGCGCGGAGAGCCCGAUACAGCAAAACGUAACGCUCCGAGGAGGAAUCAACGCGGGAUCGUUCAAGAAGUUGGCUCAGUUUGUCGCUAUGCAGCUUUGUAUUCGGCUCUGUUGUGAAGAGAAGGGUUGCGAUGUCGCCCUCAUGUCUGGGAAAAACUGUUACGGUGUGCAAUGUUUCAGUGAAGAAUUGUGUACCGCUGUACCGGCCAAGAAAGCGCCAUCUUCCCUGAUGAUUUCUCAUGUCACAAUAAAGGGAGAGGAAGGAAACAGUCGCCGAACUCACCCAGUUCCACAGAAUCUAAAAUGCACGGAAAGCGAGGCAGAAGAUGGCGUCACACUAAAAGGUGGAAUUGGCGCAGGAAACUUCACAGAUGUGGGAACAGUAGAGAACGUGGAUUCAUGCACGCGACUCUGCUGUGUCUCCGAGAAGUGCGACUUAGCUUUAGUGAUCAAAGGACAUUGCUUCCUUGUAGCUUGCUUUAGUAAAGAAUUGUGCAAGACUGUGAAAUCUGAGACCAAGAAUUACCGACCUACGGUCGCUUUUGUACGGAGAUGGAUCACAAAUGUGACCGAAGACACGGCUAUAACUUUAAGCAACCUCCCAGCCACAAACUCAAAGUUGAUGUGCAAGAAUAGUGACAUUAAAUACAACUCCACCUUAAAAGGUGGAAUAAAGGCUGGUAAUUUCACGGAUUUGGGAAAAAUUGCGGAGAUAUCGACAUGUAUUCGCCUGUGCUGUGGGAGAAAGGAUUGUGAUGUAGCACUGAUGCUAGAGGCCAACUGUUACGCUGUGAAUUGUUACAACGAAGAUCUCUGCCAGCCUGUUCUCGCUCGCAAGUCAGGAUUACUGACGAAUUUGAGUCCAAGGCUGUCGUUUAUAACAAGCAGAGAUGAGGAAGUGCUACCACAAAAGAUUGUAAUUGGCGAUGGAGUCUCUUGCAGGCCAAGUGUCGUAUCAUAUGACGUCACUCUGCGUGGUGGACUUUCAGCGGGAAAAUUUACCCCAGUCGGUCACGUGGACAGCAUGGAGGCGUGCGUUAACUUGUGCUGCCACAGAAAUACGUGUGAUAUUGCCCUGAUGCUGAGGGACUCGUGUUACUCCAUCACAUGUGUGAGUGAGGAGCUCUGUGAGGUGGUGCCGGCACCUUCGUCUGAUUUUUACCCCAGACUCUCUUACGUGAGAAGGGACAAUGAGAGUCUAAGUAAGAAAGAACGCGUUCAAUCCAAACCUGGAACACCGCAACAAAAUGAUACGCGAGACGACCUGGACGCGAAAGAGGAAGGUUAUUGCACGAAUAGUGAGGUCAUGACAAAUGUCACUCUACGCGGAGGAAUCUCUACAGGACGAUUUCGGGAUCGGGGCAAGGUCCCGAACAUGAAGGCAUGCGUGGAAAUAUGCUGCAUUUCCAAGACCUGUGAUGUGGCAUUCCUGCUAAAAAACAACUGCUUUUCUGUCACAUGUUUCAACGAAAGACUCUGCGAAGCCGUAAGGGCACGUUCGUCAAUCUAUAUUCCGAAAAUUGUUUAUAUUUAUGCGAGGACUAAAAGCGACAUAGUCGCUCCAACUAAGAAACGCCGGAAUAAGCGUUUAAAAAGACGGACUAAUGAAGAUCAAUUCACCGAGGUCGGAGCAACAAACUUCAAGCGAAGAGUAGGCAAGGACAGAUUUAAACGCCAAGUGCACAGGAAGGCAGAAAAAAGAAAUAGGUACAAGCUUGAUCAAAGGGUUGUUUAACUUUGAGUAUAUCAUAUAAAAACGAUUUAGUAUAUUUUCCAUAGUAUAUAUGUAGUACUGCGUAAGACGGACAGGCGCUUCACAACUUUGUACUCAGAGGCUAACAACAUAUCCGGGCGAUAAACGAACUUAAAGGAGUUACAUCACGGUUUCCGCAACUGGAAAAGUUUAGACUAAAGUUGUAAUCCGUAUUAAUCUUCUCCAUCCUUAACAAUCUUUGUCCCUUUAUGGUUUAUUA